UUGAACUAAUCUUCUCAAUAAAAACACUGCCAGCGUAAAAAGCAAAACCGUUAUCAGGUUUAAUCUCAACUACUUUUUAUUGUUCAAAAUCGCCAUUAAAAAUGGUUAAAAUUGGUCUCCAGAUCAAGGCAACCCUCGAGAACAUCGAGGAACUCAGAACGUGCCAUCCGCACUAUGCAUUCUUUCUACGCAUUAAGUGCACAAAUUGCGGCGAAAUUUCCGACAAGUGGCACGAUAUCACCGAAGGAGAACACGUCAACGAGGACAGUCGCAAUCCGAAGGGUUUCAAUUUCUACAUGAAAUGUCGAAUGUGUUCCCGGGAGAAUAGCGUCGAUAUUGUGGAAGGAAGCAAUGCGAGUUACACGGCUGAAGAUUCCGGCAAGCUGAAGACCAUCGUCGCAUUCGACUGCCGUGGGGUAGAGCCGAUCGAGUUUAGCCCCCGGACCGGCUGGAUCGCAAAGGCGUCCGAAAAUGGACCUACCUUUGAGGAUAUCGAUUUGUCGGAAGACGACUGGGUGGAAUAUGACCAGAAGAAUAAUAAUUCCGUGGGGGUGUACGAAUUUGAGUCUGAUUUAAUUAAAAUGAAGAAGUAACAGCGUAGCUGACAGGCUUGCGCAUAAUGAAUAAAUCAUAAUUCUUA